AUGCACGGCACGCCGGUGAGGGCCCGCCGCGCCCCCGCAAUCCACCUUCCUCGAUUUCCACAAGCUCGAAGUCGCCCUCUCCCCCACAGUCGAGAGCUCUCUGUCAAGUGGUACGUCCACUACAUCCUUGGCUCCGCAUUCAGCCCCAUCCUCAAGGGCCUCAUUGUCUGCCUCCUCAACACCCUCUACGAGCCCAUCCACGCCGCCCAAGCAAUCGUGGAUGCACUUGCGAGUCCCCUGAACGGGCUCUCCUCGAGCGCCGUCUACUCCCAGCAAGAUCGCGACCGGGACUACGACUGCGAGAACGGUGCGUCGCUGUAUCACCGCUCGUCUCAUCGUGGCCCUACCCCGCCCAGCAUCGCCACGCUCCUGCAGGACGACUACGACCGCCUCCUCCACCCGUCCUCUGCCCACAAGCCGAACGGGUCGAUGGAUGGCCACGCGCGGACCUCGUCCAGCCGGUCUGUGAGCCGCUCCCCACACCCGAAACCCGCAGCCACGACGGAGAACACAGGUCGUGGCUCGUCGCGCGGCUCGAAGUCGUCUGUGUCCGAUGGCGAUGCGGAGGGCGAGGACGCGGACGACGCCGAGGCGGAGGUGGUCGACGGCGAUGCGGACGCCAUGGAGCGCAACACCUCGACGGACGAGGAGUGGCUGAAGAAGGAGGACGCAUGA